GCUGGUUGUCAAAGUAGAUUUUAAUUUCGUAAAAUCGAAUCGCUGAAGGCUUUUUUUCGUGCAAAUGGUCAAUCGCGAACGAUUUUCAUUGAAAGUGUAAAAAAGCUGAGAUUAUUGACCAAUCUGUGUAUCUUUUUUGUAAGAAAGUGGUCUAAGUGCUGAUUUAUUCAGUUUUAAUGGUUAUUUAUCGAGUAGAGUAGGUUUUCGUGAAAAAAUGUGUGUUUUAGCAUUAGCAGAGGAUUCAAUUCUUACCAGAAUGUGAAAAAAUAAAAGCAGAGCAAAAGGUGUCAGAAGUUUUGUUCUGCCUUCCGAACUAGCGACAAAACGAACAAAUGGUGCAUAAAAAGUGAAAAUGAAUUGUCUACUGUUCCAACUUUCAUCAUUCAGCUUCUUUUUCGGCCAAUCGCAAGCGAUUCCCGUCCCAAAUCAUCCUUUCGGUGAAAGAAAUGUAGCCUUGCUUGGUGUGCUCACAUGUAUCGGAGUUGGUGCCUUCAUUGGCAUGUGUGUGUUCUGUAAGAAGAAAAAAGGCCAUUUUAAGAAGUUCGAGAACGAUGGUAACAUAGAAGAGGUCAAAAAUACCGAGUAUCCCAUUUUGAAAUCGCUUAACUCUUUGGAUGCAAAAAAAUCCGGUGCUAUAAUACCCAGUAGCCCUACUAACUUAUCGACCGAUAACCUUCUGGACCAAACAGGUCAGUAUCAGAAUGAGUCCGUUUCAUCUCACGAUCUGGACGGAAUCGAAAACUAUCACUUGCUGCAAUACCAGAAUGAAACAUACGCGGCCAAGUCCCAGUCGGCUCGCCACGUGAGAAAGGAAAGCGUGUCUUCGCAACAGCAGCAGGAUCUGCCAAAAGUGACGUUACAUGGGGAUGACAAUGAGGAUUCCAACUCGAACAUGCUUCUGUCCACUAGCAAGGAAUCGUUGAGCUCCGCUUCUCCCUUACCGGGAACUAAAACCAGCUAUUCAAUGGAGCAGGAAACCGCAUCGCUUAGAAAUUCGGUUGGAUUUGGCGAUGAUAAACCAUUGAUUGAUCGUUGCUCUACGGAUUUGGAAACCGGCGGCCUAGAGGAAGAGGAUGAUUCAAGUCCGUUGAACAUUUCUAUCCAACCACCAACCCGAUUGGAUGAUGUUACCAUUAGUAUCAGCGAAAGGGGAACCAGUUUUUGCGAAGAAACCACGUCAGCGGCAACGACCGGAACGACCAAGGACGGCGGGAUACAAGAGGAUGUCACACCGAUGGACAGUUUGGAGGAUAAUUCGUCCGUGCAUGAGACCAAUAGUAUAGAGGAGGCGCUGCGCGCCUUGGAUAUUGCCAUUGAUGGAGAAGAUGAGAGUGAUGAUAGCAACGAUGAAUCUGAAUUUGUUGUCGGUUAUCCGGAAGACAUGGAAAAACAAUUAGACCAAAGGAAUAAUGUGGAAGUCAGGAAUGCAUUGUUUGAUGGAAAGAAUUCGUCCUCCGACAGUGGCAUGGAUGAAAUUGAGAUUAGUGAAAAGAUUACCACUCCGGACAUGAUGAUGCACGAUUUGAUCCGUGAUGAAGCCACCAAACUAGUGGACGAAAUUCUACUUUUAUGUCAAAGCCGAAUUGAGGAGAUCAAGGAAUGUGAAGAGAAGGAAAGUGUGGAAGCGGAGGUUCCGCUACAGGAUGAUGAUUUUAAUGAUUUCAACAGCGGUGUGGUUUUGGAAUGUAGUACGCCUUUUUUGGCUAGGCGAACAUUCGAUGCAGUGAAGAAUGAAUUGCCAUUGGCUAAACAAGCCUUGUUCUGUGAUGCAAGCGAAGAAACAUAUGUGAAGGGCGAUGGUGUCGAAAAACUUGAAGACUCCACAACCAGUGAUGCCAAACCACAUCCGGAAGAAUGUGAAAAUGCUUUUACUACUUUUAACAAGCCAAAUGUUACCAAUGCCGAUGAUGAUGAUGAUCGUGACGAUCUUGUUCAAAUAUAUCCCAUCAAUAAAACAGUUUCUAUUUCUCAAAUUAAUAUCUCCCAAAACUUGCCGAAUCCAUCAGAUACAUUUAUUCGAGAAGCAGGAGAUACAACCCUGCCUGAAAUAAUGGUCGAUCCUAUGUUAGUGGUGGAUGAUGCAGCGUCUGAUAAGCCCACUGCAACGCCAAUGAAUACCCCUAUCGAACUGGGCUGCCCAACGACUGCCGACUGGGAUCGGUGGCUUUCUGCCAGCGCAUCGGCCUGUGAGGCCGCUGGCGGGGGUUUGAAUCUACAGGGACAUCAACCCGACGAGGAUUACUUCAGCAACAACACAUAUGACGAGGGUUGGUUUUUGCAUGCCCAGCCUGGAUGUAGCCGUGGCAUGUAUGCUGCUCACGAAUGUGGCGAUGGCAAUGAAACGUACGAGGUGCCGGAAGAUGAUAAUCUCGAUUCGACGUACGAUUUGCUGCGGAAACAGUUGGCAGAAAUGCUUCCACAUGCACAGGGCGUCAAGGAAGCCACUGAAUGCUACCCAGACAAUGAUACCAGUCCGAAUCAUUAUGGCAUACAAUACGGAGAUUUGGAUGAAGCUAGUAAUGCUCCAUCGACAUCAUCGGCAAAGGAUAACGAGAUGAUUAUAAAUUACAAGCGAACUCUUUCUCCGAUCAUGGAGGAGAGCGAAGACGAAUCAUUUUAUAACAAAACAUCCUACUAUAAGGAGGCUUCCCACUACGUUGAAAGCACAAGCACUGGAUGCAUGGAAUCUCUUACAGCAAUGGGAGUAAACAAAACACUUAUGGCCUCAAAUGAUACGCUUUUCAAUUUUGAGGAUGUGCUGGAUGAAAUUUUAUCACCGCGAGUACCAUCACAAUCACACACACCGACCAAUCGCGAUCGCGAGAUUCCCGACUAUUUCCUACGAUCACCCCGCCAUGAAUCAUCAUCUACUGCGGCUACGGUGACGACCACGACGGAGUCCGGUUCAAUGACCGGAAGUGAAAGCAGUACGCAACCACCAAAGAGCCUCGAAUUUGCGCCACCUUGGCCAAGAGAUUCAUCACUCAGCUCUCCGGGUGAUCCAACCAGGGUCGAUUUCUCUCAAGAUUCGACUUUUACCCUAGAUGAAAAAACGUGCAUCUCUCUGAGUAAACCAACCAACGAGGAAGACGAGAGGAUUUCAGAGAUUUCCGAACCGAUCCUUGUGUCGUCUUCGUCCGGGCUGCUCAAGCAGCCGCAAGAUGAUAACAAUAGCCUAAUGGAUGAAGAGAUCAUUUCCAUUGAAGAUGAUUCCUUCAAUGAAAUUCUUGAAAAGGAAAAGCCCCUCGAAAACGAACAGUAUAAUCAUUUUUUAGAUCUACAUAGUACUGAAGCAGUAUCCGUACUGACAGGCCUAGAGCCACCCGAGCCAGAUGAAAAUUUUGAUCCUGCUUCUGCGACCGUCCUCGUAGGGGGCAGCACCGGCCAAAAGGAUGCGGUGCUUUUGCAAAACAAACUGAACUUAGAGAAUACCUACAGCAACCGAGGCAUUGAUGAGCAAGUAGUCGGAAUAGAGUCCAUUGAUCGGUUUUUGCUUAAGUCCAGAAAUGUUAGUUUGCCAGAAGACAAAAGUACAAAUCCCUUGGUUAAUGGUCACAUUACUAGUGGUAAGUUAUCCAGUAGAUCUGAUAGUAAGAAUAUUUGUAUAAACUAUGAUAACUGAGCUAGAACUAUACAUCGGCAAUGUUGUAGAGAAUAAGAUGAAAAUAAUGGAACCUAAUAAAAAAACUGUUAAGAUAUUUAUUAACGAUUAAUACACUGAAAUUGAACAAA